GGUCUCGGUCUCCCAGCAGAAGGCGCAGCCAUGAAUCCGUUAUUCGGCCCUAACCUCUUCCUCCUGCAGCAGGAACAGCAGGGCCUGGCCGGGCCGCUGGGGGACCCUCUGGGAGGCGACCACCUCACCAGGGGAGGGGACUUGCCCCCGGGGCCGCUCGCCCCGGCCGGCCCCGCUGCCUACUCGCCACCGGGGCCGGGCCCGGCGCCCCCUGCAGCCAUGGCCCUCCGCAACGACCUGGGCUCCAACAUCAACGUGCUCAAGACCCUGAACCUCCGAUUCCGCUGCUUCCUGGCCAAGGUGCACGAGCUGGAGCGCCGGAACCGGCUGCUGGAGAAGCAGCUGCAGCAGGCGUUGGAGGAGGGUAAGCAGGGCCGGCGGGGCCUGGCUCGCCGCGACCAGGCCGUGCAGACCGGCUUCGUCAGCCCCAUCCGGCCCCUGGGGCUGCCCCUGGGCGCCCGACCGGCCGCCGUGUGCACCCCGUCGGCGCGGGUGCUGGGCUCGCCCGCCGGCCCCCUGCCUCCCUCCGCCUCCGGCCACUCGUCGUCCGCCACCCCCACCUCCGUCUCCGCGGCCUCCUCCUCGUCGGCCCGCUUCAUGCCCGGCACCAUCUGGUCCUUCUCACACGCCCGCCGAAUCGGGCCGGGACUGGAGCCCACCUUGGUGCAAGGGCCCGGCCUGUCGUGGGUGCACCCCGACGGGGUGGGCGUCCAGAUCGACACCAUCACCCCAGAAAUCCGCGCGCUCUACAACGUGCUGGCCAAAGUGAAGCGGGAGCGGGACGAGUACAAGCGGAGGUGGGAAGAGGAGUACACAGUUCGGAUCCAGCUGCAAGAGCGCGUGGCUGAGCUGCAGGAGGAAGCCCAGGAGGCUGAUGCCUGCCAGGAGGAGCUGGCGAUGAAGGUGGAGCAGUUGAAAGCUGAGCUGGUGGUCUUCAAGGGGCUCAUGAGCAACAACCUUUCGGAGCUGGACACCAAGAUCCAGGAAAAGGCCAUGAAGGUAGACAUGGACAUCUGCCGCCGCAUCGACAUCACCGCCAAGCUGUGUGACGUGGCCCAGCAGCGCAACUGCGAGGACAUGAUUAAGAUGUUCCAGAAGAAGCUGUCUCUGCACUUGUCUCCCAUCAAGGUCCCAUCCAUGGGGGGGCGGAAGCGGGAGCGCAAGGCUGCCAGCGAGGAGGACCCCUCCCUGUCGGAGAGUGACGGGCCCCGCCAGCCCGAGGGGGACGAGGAGGAGCGCACGGCCCUGAGCCUCAACGAGGAGAUGCAGCGCAUGCUCAACCAGCUGAGGGAGUAUGAUUUUGAGGAUGACUGUGACAGCCUGACCUGGGAGGAGACUGAGGAGACCCUGCUGCUCUGGGAGGAUUUCUCAGGCUAUGCCAUGGCGGCCGCAGAGGCCCAGGGAGAGCAGCAGGAAGACAGUUUGGAGAAGGUGAUUAAAGACACCGAGUCCCUGUUCAAAACCCGGGAGAAAGAAUAUCAGGAAACCAUUGACCAGAUAGAGCUGGAGCUGGCCACAGCCAAGAACGACAUGAACCGGCACCUGCACGAGUACAUGGAGAUGUGCAGCAUGAAGCGGGGCCUGGACGUGCAGAUGGAGACCUGCCGCCGGCUCAUCACCCAGUCUGGAGACCGAAAGUCUCCUGCUUUCACUGCGGUCCCGCCUUGCGACCCGCCGCCAGCGCCGAGCGAGGCUGAGGACUCCGAUCGUGAUGUCUCAUCUGACAGCUCCCUGAGAUAGGGACCUCCUCCACCUGCGCCCCCUGCUUCGCCUGCCGCCCCACCUGCUGGGAACACAAGGCAGAGGGGGUGGGAGGGAGGGACACAGGAGCGACACUGCUGUCCCACUGCACCCAGCCAGGCCCAGGGGUUGGGGUGCUCCUCCCUUGGCCUCCCCAGGGUUUGGAGUGUUGGAGCUAAGCUUGGCCCUGCCUCCUGGGGUGACUCCCGCCUGCCUUCCUGCCCAGGUGUCUGCUAUUUUUGCCUCGUUAAAAUGCUGCCAGACUGGCUCAGAGCCCCUGACUCCCCGUUGUGUAAGAAAUGUGGAUGUGGGGUCCUUCCUCCAUCCCUGGGGCCUAGAGCCAGCUCACUGUCUUUGAUUCCGUACUUGCACUAACUGGCCCAGGCACUGGUAUGGAAUGGAUUCAGCUGGAAGUCCCUGGCUUGUGCAGCAGGUUCAGCGGGAGAGGGCGUCCCUCCCUCUGGUUCUCAGCUGCCUGUACAGUGAUUGUGGUGGGAAGCGUCCCAUGGGGAGCUGCUGUGUGUUAGAGGGUCCUCAGCUUCUGGACCGGAGCAGGCUGGGUAUCCUGGCAGAAUAAAGCGCCUGUGUGUGUGCACACGUGCUCACAAUCCCAGUCUCCUCAAGCCUCAGCUGUUGUGUGCCUCUCCAGCAGCAGGCCCAGAGGACAUCCCUGCCUUGGAGAAGCUCAGAGCCCUUGGGGAUCUGCACUUGGGAAUCUUGGCGCAGUAUCGCAGCCCAGGGGAGGCUGUGCUGAGCUGACACUUGAAUGGAAUCUCUAAUAAUAAUGCAAGUGGCGAGUAUUUAUUGAACA